AUGGCUAAAGCAGGACUUACUCGACAAGGUAAAACGGUGGAGCACUUAGUUUCGAACAAGCGACCGACAGACGAGGUAAGAGAUGCUUUAUUAAAAUUCACGAACGUGUUUGAGAACUUAGCAUUGAGAACUUAGUAUUGAAACAUGAAGCCUUUACCAGCUUAAUAACAGACAACAGAGAGUUUGAGAAGGAAGUAUUAUCUGAAAGUAGACGUAGGGGCAAGUAUUAUAUCGAAAGCGUUGUUAAACCAGCGAAAGAUUUAAGCAAUAAUGUGCUACAAUCUUCAGGAAUGAUUGGAAUGUCAGGAAUGCAGAGCGAAGAAAGCGCGUUAGAGUUGACAACAAGCCAAAAUACCGCAAGUGUAGACAUUUCCGAGCAAAGUGUGAAUGAUGAAAGCAGUAAUAUUGUUAACAAUAUGUCAAGCACUGCUCCUAGUCAAGAAAAUGUACCUGUAGAAAACCAAGUUAAUCAUAAUGUAGCCCCCGAUCAAAGCCCAGUUAAUACGCAAAUAGGAACUACCAUCAAUGCGAGCUCAUGCGGGUUUCAAAUGGAAAAGCCAAAACUUUCCGUUUGCAGGAGACGUGCGAGAGUAUGCAAUUUUUAAAGCUGACUUUAAACACGAGAUUGAGUCGCGAUACAGCAAGCGAGACUCGAUAACUUUGUUACGCACUUGUCUACAGGAUAAACCGCUUGACCUCAUUAACGGGAUUGGAUCAGACUAUGACGCAGCAUGGGAGUACUUAGACUCUAUAUACGGCGAUGUACGAUAUGUAUCCGAUACGAUCACUCAGGACAUUGUACAACUUAAAGCCUUGCAAGAAGGAGACGAUUGCACGUUUCUGCGAUCUCGUGCACCUUGUUAA